UCCCGAAUUCUUCUUCUUCUUUUUCCCCCAAUUUCUUCUGCUGUUGCUCUAUCCUACUAGCUCCAUCUUCUUCCCUCCUCCAUCUGCAUCGUCGUCCCUGUCAACGAAGCGCCGAACGAGACAAAACAUUGUUGUCUCUGCAUCUGAGCAUCUCAUUAUUUUUCUGGGCAUGACAAAGGCGUAACUUUUGGGCAGAUUUGGGGAAGCAAGAACUUCCGGUGUCCGGGAAAAUCUGGGAUCAUGGACCCAUUUGAUGAGCACCUUGAGGAGUACCUAGAGGGUGAUGAUGAGUAAGCUGAUGUUGAUUCCAUCGAUGAGCAGACUGAUGGUGGUUCCAUGGAUGUUGACCACGAGGAGGAGGAUAAGAAUAAAGAGAACACGGAAGAUAAAAAGAAAACACAUAAGCGGACACGAGGCAUAGUGCGAUUAACGAAGAUCAUAGCAGAUAAAAUUAAAGGAAUCAAGCGCCAUUUGAGGUUCAAUAGCAGGGGGCAAUCGAUCGAGACCCCAAACAGAGAGCUUCAAUGUUAUUUAGGAAUGCAAGCCAAAAUUAUGGUGCCAAUUAACAUUGACAAUUGGCGUGAAGUUCCUAAAUCUAUAUUGGACAGCUUAUGGAAGGAUGUCAAUCUAGCUUUCCACCUAGAUGAGAAUAUGCGAAAAAAUAUUAUUGGCUCAGUGGGUAAUAAGUGGAGACAAUUCAAAUGUAAUUUGAACAAGAAGUUUAUAGUCCCUUACCUUAAUGACCCAUCUCUUUUGGAAGCAAACCCUCGUGGUCUCGAUAAACCUCCACCAAGCUAUCAUAUAGAAGAAACACAUUGGAAAGAAUUUGUCAAGAGAAGGACAUCCAAAGAGUUUCAAGAUUUUAGAAAAUUACAACAAGAAAGGCGUAAUCUUUUACAAUACCCUCAUAGGACUUCACGCCAUAGCUAUACUGAAUUGGAAGCUGAUUUACAAGCUAAGUGGGGCACAACAGAGCAAAUAGAUCGAUCUAUACUCUGGAAGGGGGCCAGAAAAGAUUCUUCUGGCAACUAUGUCACCGAGCGUGACAAGGUCAAGGGAGAGGCCAUCAUAAGUUGUAAAAUGUUAAAUGACUUUUGGGAAGAGAUUGAAAAGUUGAAAGAAUCGUUCAUGUCCAAGCUUGAAGAAUUAUCAACCAAGAUGGCACAUAUACAAGCUAACUUUGGUAGUCAUUCUAGCUUUGGUAGCCAUUCUAGAGUCAAUACAAUAGAAGUUGAGGCACCAAUUGACACUGCUCCAGAAGUUAAGGCACCGAUUGACACUACUCCAGAUGUUGAGGCACCAAUUGACACUGCUCCAGAAGUUAAGGCACCGAUUGACACUACUCCAGAUGUUGAGGCACCAAUUGACACUACUCCAGAAGUUGAGGUACUGAUGGACACUACUCCAGUAGUUGAGGCACAUGUUGACACUAGUACUUUGUAUGAGACACCUACACCUUCACCUUCUAUUCAUUCUGAGCCACUGAAGAAAGAUGUUAAGUGCAAAUUAUACGUUGGGCAAGGUGGUGAUGUUGUGGCUCUUGGACGGGUGGUGGCUACCAAAGGCAAUGCACAUGGGAAAAGUUUAGCACCUAGUAACUAUCAUGUGGUUGUUGAUAGAUGUCUAGAUGGGAGUGCAAAACUACCUGUCUCAGUUGGGGAUGAGAUGACUCUUGUGGUUCAUGCGAUCAACAGUUAUGUUGCUUGGCUAUCGCAUCUAAUCAUUACUUAUGAUCAUGAACAUGAACCCAAGAGACUAAAGAGAAAGAGAAUUUCAGCAGCUUGUCUGCCAACACAAGACCUAAAACAUCCUCCACAACAUCUUCCCACUACUCAAGAAGAGGCAGGAUCAAGUAUGGCUAGUAAGUCGCCAAUUAUCUUCAAGGUUCCCACUGGACUUCCCAUGUUUUUUAAGAUACUUCUGGGUUCAGUUAAGUACGUAGAACCAGGAUUCAUGAUUGACAUUCUUAUGGAGAUCAAUAUUAUGGGCGAACAAUAUACCUUAUAUAUCUCACAUGAGGAUAUAGUACACUUUGGACUAAUGGAAGAAAUCGACGCGUCUUGCAUUUCAUUCUAUAUCAGUAUAAUAUAUUCCGAGUUGUGCGAUAGAGAGAUAUCACACUUUUUUGGUUUCAUUGAGCCAUCAUGGUCAUCGAGAAUUGGGACAAAUAUGGAUAAUCGGGCUGAAAUUAUCUCAGAGCGUAUCAAUAACACAGUAAUGGGUCAAACUUGGUUAAUGCCAUACCAUUUCUUGCGUCACUGGAUGUUAGUGAUCAUUGAUCCAGAUGACCAUACAUGUUACUAUCUUGAUCCACUUAGAAAAUCUCCUCCAAAUGAUUUGAAGAACCUUAUGAACAAUGUCUCUUCACACAUUAAGCGAAAGACAGGAAGGAAUGAAAAAAAUUACAAGUGGAAAAUAGUCAAUUGCCCUCGUCAAACAUUGUCAGUAGAGUGCGGCUUUUAUAUCAUAAGGAUGAUGAAUGACUAUUGCUUGAAUGAGACACCAAUGCGAUGGCUAACUAGUAAUUGUGGUGGAAAGAAUACAUAUACACUUGGCGAAAUUAAUGAAACUCGAAAUGAAUGGGCAGCCAAGCUUCUUGAGCGGAUGAGUCAUAGCUAG